AUGGAAAAUGCGCUUCUCCGUGUAAGGAAAGUCGCUGAGGUGACGUUGUUUUCAGUUUGCGGCUGUCUGCAGCCCGCUCAUCAGGUCGGACCAGACUUGGGGCCUACACCGGGCAAGUAUUGCUCCGCUAUCGUAGCUGGCGACGGCAGCAUUUUCGCACCUCCCUACAAUGCGCGCAAGAUCUUGCGCAUUGACGGCACGGGGAACGUAAGUCUCGUACCACCAGAUCUUGGAGUCGGACCCCGCAAGUAUUGCUGUAUUUGCCAGGGUGCCAAUCGUCUGCUGUAUGCACCGCCACUGUACGCAGACCAGGUGCUGGAGAUCAGCACAUCUGGCAAAGGCAAUCGCCUCAUCGGUCCUGCAAUCGGCAAUGGAGAGGCGAAGUAUGCUUGUGCUGCGCUGGGACCUGAUGACAAAAUUUACUGCGCUCCACUCGAGGCGCACCGUGUCCUGCUCAUCAUCCCGGAGGAUCACGAGGUUGAAGAGAUUGGUGUCGAUUUGGGAAAGGAGGAGGAGAAGUACUCAUGCAUCGCACCAGCGCCGGUGGGACCCAUGAUGUACGCGGCACCGCGCAAUGCACGCUUCUUGCUGGAGGUCGACACGAAGAGAUGCUUUGUCCGGGAGGUUGGCAAGGAUCUGGGCCCCGUGAAGCGGAAGUUCACCGCCAUCCUCACUGGGAAACCUCCGGAGGCACCUGCAGGAAUGGUGAGGAGUGGCACCGCACCUCAAAGAGGUGCUGGUGCUUCGUGGAGUCCGCCGAGUAGCAGAUCCAAGCAGCGAACCCCGCCGCAGGAUCAAAAAGCAGUGGGGACAAGUCAUCUUCAUGGAAGUGUUGUGUGCGUGCGCUUCCAACAGUAUGGUAGUGCUGGUAGUGUUCUCCAUCGGCAUUCUAGUCGCAACUGUGUGGGGCCCCUGUACUUGUGCUGUGAAGCACGUUGCUUAUCUCAGGAUCCCUUUCAUAUCUCGGGCACUGUUGGCGGACUCUUAUCUAGGUGA